UUCCUAUCAUUCAUGUUCAAAUACCUACUCCUCUCAUCAACAACAAUAAUACAUCAAUUCACACACACACACACACACACACACUAAAAAAACACAUGGAGAGAAAAGAUGAAAAAGAGGUGAGUUUUUCCAGGCUCAAGUUUCCACUUUUACCCCUACCGGCAGACACCGUGCAUUACUCGCCUGAACACCUAUCAGGAACGGCAACACCGCCGCUCCAUACCCUAGCCUCUGUGCCGUUCAAAUGGGAGGAACAGCCCGGAAAACCCAGACCCUGCACCGACAUCAUCGCCCUACCCGAACCCACCGCCAUUAAAUGCUUGGACCUCCCUCCAUGCAGGACCAAACUUCCCAAACUGCCCUCCCCUACCGCAGUUCUUGAUGGCCCUUAUAAUCUCGCCCGCCCCAAGUUUUCUUCAUUCAGAUUUUUUAGAGAGGCCCGUGCUGCUUCUUUCGACAGCAGCAGCAGCGGCGGCGGCGGAGGCAGUCCUCUGAGCUCAGUGGAUGUGUUGAUUGGGAAGAAGAGUAGUACUACUAAUGGAGGCCUGACCAAAACCAGAAGGUUGUUUAAUUUCCCAAGCAGUACAUUGAGAUCAUGCAAUAAGAGUGGUGCUGAUGGGGGUAGUUUGGGAUUUUCACCCUCAUCCGGCGAUGAGAGAUGCAAGACGACGACGAUGAGGAGAAAUGGGAGUUUUUCCAGUCUCGCUCAAGCUGCGCCUACUCAUCAUCAUCUCUGGGGAAGUAUAUAUGAGAGUUUAAAGCAAGCUGUGGCAUGGAAAAGCACAAGAAAAUCAAAGAAAGAAAGGAUACGUAUGAAGGAGUACGAAAUUAUAUAUAAAGUAUAGUAUAAACAUGCUCUUAGCUUCCUCUAAUCUAAUAUAAAGCAGCUUCAGCAUUUUAUAUAGUAAUACAUAUUUUAUUCUUGCAUGAAUCAGAAAGAAAUUGUAAGAUUUGUAUGAGUGGUAGUCAAAUUUUGAUUGGACAAGCUGCUCAUUUGUAAGAAAUUAUUGAUGUAUACUUGAGACAGUUUAUAUGUUAAGAAGUUGACCAUAUAAUAAAUGUUUAAUACAAUGGUAAAACAAGUAAUAUAAAAUAGAAGAUGAUAUUAAAUCAAUGAACCCCAAAAGUUGCAAAUGAUACAGCAAGAAGAGAUACAAUUUAAAAGUGAUUAUUCCUCAAAAAA